GGAAGGUGGUAAGCAACUUCCUGUCUUGAUUUGAAACUGCAUACACCUUUGCUCUUUUUAAACAUUUAAGAGUUUUGCAGGUUACUCCCUGCAGAAACAACAGGCAGACAUGAGGCUCAAAACAACAGAACAGGUUUUUCUUUUAAAUUUCUGUCUCAGCUUACUUUAUUUUGAUCGAACGUGUUGUGUAAGCCUUCGAAUUAAGAACAGACAUGAACUGCAAGGUGAGAACAAACCAAGUGAUGUUUGGAAGGGGACGAUAACAUUUGGCCAAGAAGAAGCAUUUGGAGGUCAGCAUUUCAGGAAUGAGGGAAUUGAACUAGAUGGAAAGAGGAAUGUGGACGAAGAAAUGCAAGCUGACUCUCCUAUGGUUGUAAAAUCUAUGGGUGAAAAUGGUGCCGACUCCAGUUCUUCAAAGGCAGCCUUCGAUCGUAUGCAGCCAACUGUGUUGUGCACUAACGAUUUCAUGAAGUUUUGUGCUCAAGGUCCAGGUUUCUCAUCUCUUCUAUUAAAUAGAGCAGGCACACCGCUCUCAUUAAACCAGCUGCCUGGGGACUGUGGAUACUCUGUGCAAAGGACCCAGUUUGGCUUUGUCUUUCUUGUCCCGUACAAUGGUUGUGAUGUGAUGAAUCAGCAUGGAAACAACUUGCUUCAGAUGACGUGGCAUGGCAAUCCAGUGACCCUGUCGUGUCCUGUGAGCCCAGGAACUCAAACUGAAAAGGAGACUGUGGCCCCAACAAUGCCUUCAAAAAACAAUCCAAAAGAGCCUUCUCAAGUUCAACAAGAUUUGCAACAGUUGAUGAUGAAUUUCCCCUCUCACUCAGUCACACCACCUGCGUCUGAAGCUCAAGCCACUGCAGCAAAGCCAUCUGAGAAUAUGCAGCAGGCGCAGAAUAUGCAGCAGCAGCUGGUGAACCCUUACUUGCUCUAUCAUGGGCUCCCCAACCCCUUCGGUAUGAAGGAUCCUUCUGCAACCACUGCAGCACAGACCACCGAAGCAACAACUAUGGCUUCCAAGGACCCUGCACAACAACAGCAGCAGCUGAUGCGUCCUUACUUUGUCCCUGGCUACUACUACAACCCCCAUGCUGUGAAAGAUCCUUCUGCAACCACUGCAGCACCGACCACUGAAGCAACAACUGUGGCCUCCAAGGUCCCUUCACAGCAAGAGCAACUGCAACAACAGCAGCAGAUGCAGAUGGUGAACCCUUACUUGCUCUAUCAUGGGCUCCCCAACCCCUUCGGUAUGAAGGAUCCUUCUGCAACCACUGCAGCACCGACCACCGAAGCAACAACUAUGGCUUCCAAGGACCCUGCACAACAACAACAGCAGCAGCAGCUGAUGCAUCCUUACUUUUUCCACCCUGGCUACUACUACAACCCCCAUGCUGUGAAAGAUCCUUCUGCAACCACUGUGGCACCGACCACUGAAGCAACAAAUAUGGCCUCCAAGGUUCCUGCCCAGCAGCAGCAGAUGAUGAUGCAUCCUAUUUUCUACUCUGGAUACUACAACUCCCUCUCUGUGAUGGAUCCCUCUGCAACUAGUGCGGCACCGGCCACUGAGGCACCAACUGUGGCUUCCAAGGUUCCUUCACAGCAAGAGCAACUGCAACAACAGCAGCAGAUGCAGAUGGUGAAUCCUUAUGGUAUCUAUCAAGGGCUCCCCAACCCCUUCAAUAUGAAGGAUCCCUCAGCAACCACUGCAGCACCGACCACUGAAGCAACAACUAUGGCCUCCAAGGUUCCUCAGCAACAACAGCAGCAGAUGAUGGGCCCUUACUACUUCUACCCCGGGCUCCCUAAUCCCUUCAGUGUGAAAGAUCCUUCUGACCCCACUGCAGCACCAACCACAACCGUUGCCUCAAAGGUCCCUUCACCGCAGCAACAGCAGCAGCAGCUGAUGAGCCAUUUCUUAAUCUACCCUGCAUACAACCACCAAACUGUGAAGGAUCCCUCUGCAACUACUGCGGCACCAACCACUGGGGCAACAUCUAGUCCUGGAAAGGGUCAUUCCCAGCAACAGCAGCAGCAGCAACAACAGCAGCCACCGCAUUAUUAUUAUUACUCCAGCUACUUCAACCCUGUACCCAUGAAGAAUCCUUCAGCUACAGCAGCGCCCACGAUGCCCCCUACAGCUGUCCCGCAGCAACAGCAACAGCAGCAGUUAAUGCAGCAGCUCAUGCAGCAACAGCAGCAAGCCAUGCAACAGAAACCGCAGCAGCAACAGCAACAAGUCAUGCAACCACAGCAACAGCAGCAAGUCAUGCAACAGCAACAGCAGCAGUUAAUGCAGCAGCUCAUGCAGCAACAGCAGCAAGCCAUGCAACAGAAACCGCAGCAGCAACAGCAACAAGUCAUGCAACAACCACAGCAGCAGCUCAUGCAGCAGUAUUGGUACCCUAGUCCCAAUCACCCACUUCCUGGAAAGGAUACCAUGGUAACCACUGCAGCUCCAACCACCACAGCUUCGAAGAUUCCUCCACAGGAGCAACAGCAGCAGCAGUUUAUGAAUCCUUACCAGAUUUUCAAUCAGUACCCUCAGUACACGCCAAGUAAGAUUCCAGGUUCUACCGCUGCACCAGCAACUACUCCACAAUCUCAAAAUCAGGUGGACACGUCCAACUUCAGACCAUUCUUUAUCAGAUACCUCAAUCCAUCUGAUAUUAACAGGCCACAGCAGGCCAAGUCCAAAUCUUGGACCCAGGUGUUUUCCCACAAUUACCCAUUCAUGGACCCACACCACAACACCAAGGAUAAAGCCAUGUUUCCUAAAUGAACAGAACAUCACCGAAGAACAUCAUGAUGUCACCCCCAUCAUCUGUUUACAGCAGUUGUCUCUUGAAGGCCAAUGCAUAUUUUAAUAAAAUUACAAUGAAUGGAA